AUGGCAAGUCAACCAGAGAGCCAACAGGAAGCUGGUUCCGAGGCAAACCGGAUUGAAGUUAGAGAGCUGUCAGAGGAAUUAAAGGGUCUUAUCGAUGCUCGACAACAAUGGCUUGUCUCUACACACGAUUUUGUGAGGCGGGGAGAUGUGUAUUUGAAUAUCGACAACACGUUUCUACAGGAAUUCCAAGGCUUGUUUGACAAACUUAAAUAUCCACCAUCCGCUUUCAUACGUCUAUUCCGCACUCGAGACAACGAUAGGCCAACCCGCAUCCACGAUGGCGACCGUAAAAGCAUACACUAUCUUUAUCCACUUCGUAUACCAGAUGGUUUUACGAGGGUAUACUCCGGAUAUCCUGGAGCCCCGGGUUCGAUACACAAAGUAAUUCGAAUUGGAACAUCUGUCGUUUUCCAAGAUCAGGUUUUUAUUGAUGGCGUGUUGGAUUUCCUUCUGAUCGGUGUUCAACAGGAGGAUUCUGGGUAUACCGAGCAUAUAGGGGAAGGGGAAAUGGCGAAAGAAAGGGAGGAAAAGCCGAAAUAG